AGUUCAUGUUGUUGUUAGUAGAAAGAGUGCACAUGGAGUGAGCGACGGACGGUCGGGCGGGUUACGCUUUACUACCACAGAUCGUUGGAAGAAAUUGCCGAGUCUCGUUUGUUUGCGUGAUGAGUUUGGACACGUUGCUAGAAGCCGCUAAGUUCCUGGAAUCUUCCUCUAAAGGAACAACUAAGGAUGAUUCGGCGAUCGCACGUGUUAACCAUUCUACGUCUGUUCAUACGGAGAGAAGGCGAGCCAUUUCGGAAUGCGAGCCUCUGGAAAGACGGCGAAGACCUGGAGGGGCAGGAACAAGAGAAACGCACAACAAACUAGAGAAGAACAGACGCGCGCACUUGAAAGAAUGCUUCGAUGUCCUGAAGAAAGAAGUCCCUUCCCUAGAGGACAAGAAAACGUCCAACUUGAAUAUCUUGCGAAGUGCGCUCAAGCACAUUCAGGCCCUGAAAAAGCGUGAACGCGAUUUUGAAGCUGAAAGAGACCUGUUGACGAUCAGCAACAACUCUAUCAAACAGCGGCUGUUGGUACUGAAGAAAGAGAUAAACAUUCAACAGGAUCUGUACAAAGCGUCAUCACCGCGAGAGUCGGGCACCACCAGGACUGCACAACCCCCAGGUGAUUCAUCUUCCGUCGAGUCUGCUGAGAAGUCGAGAAGCGUUGAAAGUCAAGCCUCGCCUGUUUCUGUGGCAACGCAGACGUCAUUCACCUCAGGCGAGGAGUUUGACGCAGAUGGCUCCACUGCCAAAUUGGAAAGUGUUCAAGUCAAGGUUGAGAGCAACGGCGAAGUGGAGCACAGUGAUGACGGGAAGGAGGAAGCAUGCAUCGAUGAUGAAGACGAAGAUGUGGACGUGGAGGGCGAAAUCACCGAUGAUAACACGGAGGAUGUGGAUUCUUUGAUAAGGGAUGACAAAACAAUGAAGGCCAGAGUGGUGAAGAGCCCAGAGCCUGUUGCCUCGUCUGGUAAGCCCUCCGCAAACAAGAGGAAGGCAGCUAAUGGUGAUGAUGGUAAUAAAUUAGAAGCCAAGAAGUCUAACAUCCAGUGCUGUGCACGUGUCAGCUGUUAAGCGUGACACGUGUUAGGCUUGUGAUGGGCUCAAGGUCAAUCUCACUGUUAGCCAGUGAUAAAGUAUUUCAUACCAUGUAUGGCUGUAAGGGGGUUGCGCAGUGAUGGGUUAGAUCUGCAGUGCAGGUCGCAAGGGUGUAAUAUAAAGCUUUAUCUGUGACCAUGGUAACUCUACCUGUGUGGAUACGCUUUCUAGCGGUGUUAGCUCUAUUGUAGCCUCGCUCCUUUUCCGCUGUUCAUUUCGCUUGUCACAACACAGACAAGCCAAACAACGGCUAGGAAGGAGCUAUCUCUAUGAUAGGUAAAAGAAUUACUGCGUGUCGUUUGUUUCAAAUAACUUAGAGAAAAAAAAUGUGGUUUUAGUUUAGUCUACUUGACCAUCUUGGCAGAACGCCGUGCACUAGGUUUAAAGUUCCAGUGUGAGGCACUCGAGAAACAUUGGCGGAUAUGGCUAAGCACCUUUAAAAUCGAGACCAAUUUACUUAGCCAGCGCUCAGACCAGGGAAGUUCCCAGGUAUCGUAACAUAGUCAGUGGACGUCACUUUGCCGUAAACGACGGUCCGAUAUUUGGUAAGUGCUGAGUUCGUUUUACGAAGAUAACAACAAUACACGAAAAUAUUUCUGGCAAAACUAGUCUCUGUAUUCCCGUCCGACCUGGCCGUUGAAAAACAUAAUUUUUUCCGUGCGCUGUUAGACAGUUGCGGGGUAUGUUAAGGUUUGUUUUUUAUUCAUUUCAAUGUACAAGUGACUGCCUCUGUUUUAGAAUAUAAACAACUUUUCGUAAACAUUUAUGAUUGGUAAAGCGACCACAAAACGUCACCAAAAAAGGCUUUAACUUGAAAAUUGACAGGAACGGAGUGAUUCUAUUUUCUAUUCCUUUUUUUUCUUCGCCCAGGUUUACAGGAUUUUGAUUCGUCCUCCAGAUCACCCUAGCGUGGGUAGUCUUUUUCUAGAUCUUUCUCAAGUGUGGAAAUCAAAGCACUUCCCAAUUGUUCUCUUAUCUGAGAUCUGAGUUAGUGUUGAGAUUACAGAUAGCAGACCUGUAUUUUAUUCUCUGUUUUCUCGGUGUACGUAUUGACGAAUUACGAAUGUCCGAAAUUCGUGUUAACCAAUCACAGCCAGUAUUUCGAAUUACGUCAUCAGGGUGCAUCAUUUCGGACUCCUGUACGUCUCUCUUGUGAGGGAUAACAUGCGAUUACGUCCUUGAAAUCUGGCCGUUUCAAUGCGAUUGCCUUAAGGGGUAUUGACAGCAUAUUGAACACUCUUAGUGAAAAUAUCAAAAUAGCUGGUAAUACUUGCAGAAAAAAGUUCGUUGGUUAAGAUUCGGUCGUCAUGCCAACCUUUGACUCCAUUUUCCGAGGGUGUGAAAAACAUCACUGGACUUGUCAGCUUAUUUUGUUUGCCAUCCAUCCAUCCAAAACAAAAAAAUAAUAACUAGGCUAUUUUAAUUCAGAGAGAAUCUAUGAAAAAAAAAAGUCUUUACAUAUGGCGUGGUAAAAUAUAUAUUCUUUUCACUCUCUGUGUGAACUUUUGAAUGAACGCUUCUGAGCAAUUCCUUUUUUUACGAUAACUGCAGAAAUUCUCGCGCGCUCACUGGCUAAUUUUGAUUGUCAUUAUGCGGACAGACACAUAAAUUUUUAAUUUAUGCGAUGCGUCAGCGAGCGAGGGCGGACAAUUUGACAAUUUGUUAUCGUAAAAAACAAAUUACGUCAGUUUUUCAUGCGUCUGUCCUGUUAUUGACAAUGAAUUUCGUUAUAACAUAGUCAGAGUAGUCUGCGGAUCUUUGACAAUGUUAUGACGAAAUUCAUGAUCAAUAACAGGACAGACGCAUGAAAAACUGCCGUCAGUUUGUUAAAUGUACUACAGUGUUUUACGCUAUAAAAAGUGUUCUAAAUUUUGGGUCUGGAUCUAAUCCAUAGUAAAGUGGUAUUGUCUGUUGUGUUGUGAAAGUUGGUUCUAACUUGUGGGUAUGUGGAUGAAAUCCUAGUGUGUGACCAUCAUAACGAAAGCUAUCGAGCAGUGCAUUCCUAUAAUACUGUUCAUCGCGCUGAACAAGGUUCUAACUUUUCUCUAUAUGCAUGAACCCUAGUGUGUGACCAUUCAGAUUGUUUAUUGUUUGUUACUGUUAUACAAGGUGUUCUAACUUAUAUCUAUGUGUCUAAAACCUUGGGCACUACCAGUAGUGAGGGGUUAAUCCCGACUGUUGGUUUUAGAAUAGAUAAGAGCGUUUACAGUUGAGUGUCGUGAAGGUAAAACCGAUGGGCCAGUUAAAACUAGGAGCAAAAUACAUGUAGCUGGCGCGACGCGCGGAAAAACGAGUUCGAGCGAGUCGCGAUUAGUUUUGGUGUGACUUUUGAUUGGAUAGCGAAGUGGCGCGAAUUUUCCAAACCAAUCGGUUAAAUUCGUAAGGAAAAAGCGAAGCAAAUUAGAACAGGCCAUUUCCGAAUUACCUUUAUCCUCUUUCUCAAAGUUAGUCUUCGUGCAAGAUCUUUCAUACGAAAAUAAGUUUGAUUUUCAUGAAAAUGAGCAUGCGGGCGAAACACACCUUCGUAUGAAUGGCCCUGCACGGAGACUCUUUUGACACAGAGGCAAUUAGUUUUGGUGUGACUUUUGAUUGGAUAGCGAAGUGGCGCGAAUUUUCCAAACCAAUCGGUUAAAUUCGUAAGGAAAAAGCGAAGCAAAUUAGAACAGGCCAUUUCCGAAUUACCUUUAUCCUCUUUCUCAAAGUUAGUCUUCGUGCAAGAUCUUUCAUACGAAAAUAAGUUUGAUUUUCAUGAAAAUGAACAUGCGGGCGAAACACACCUUCGUAUGAAUGGCCCUGCACGGAGACUCUUUUGACACAGAGGCAAAGAGUAACUAGAAAAUAGCCUAUUUGAAUUACUUUUGACACUCAAGUGCAAAUUGCUCUAAGUGACGUUAGAUAGCUGAAAUGAUGUAUUUAUGCGAUAGUAUACUUCUGUGUACGGUUGCUGGAGGAAGUAGCGUGUGGUAGUAGCUACUGUGUAGCUUUAGCGGGGUCUGUACAAAGCAGAUUGAUUGUUGUGAAUAAACAGGCCGUAUCUGUCCAUUUUAGGACAGUGUAUUAUACUUA